AUGCAGCCAGCGAGCGUCAAACAAGAGGAUGGUGGGGAGGGCCGGCGUCCGGCUCGCAAGCGCAAGGUGCAGUGGGCCGAUGAAGAUGACGAUGAGAAACCUCUGACGACGGUCGCUCCACCCGACUUGGAACAAGGUCCGGACGACGAUGAUCUACGCAGCUCCCGCGUUGACGAGCACGGCAUGCUGGUCUCUACGCAUUCCGAAGCCAAGGGCGAAACAGGGGAAUCACAUCCAACAGACGGCACAGCUGAAGCUAGCAAAGGUCCUCAAAAGCAGUAUCUUGCAGCUGAAAUAUACAACCCGAUCGAGUACGGCGACUUUCGCUCCUACAUGAAACACAAGCGUGCUAAGCUCAAGGUGCAGGAAGCCUCGCUCCUGCAAGAGGAAGAAGCGCUCUUACGCGUCCAAGAUACCCAUUCAAACAUCAAGAAUCCGGACGGACUUGCAGUAGAGAUCGAAGAGAGUGGAGGAAAGCGCUCGGACGCCCUCAAGGGCUGUUGCAUCUACAUCAAUGGCCAGACUCACCCUCCGUACAGCGAGCUACGACGUUUGCUCGUGUUGCACGGCGGCGACCUCAUGGCCUAUCUCGAUCAAAAGACGCCAGUCACGCAUAUCGUCGCCUCCAACCUCACACCAAAGAAGCGUAUCGAAUUCAAGGACUACAAGGUGGUCUUACCCGGUUGGAUCUUGGAGAGCAUCGAGCUGGGGAGAAAGGCGGAUUGGCGCAAGUGGCGCUGCGAUGCCAUCACGGGGUCGAACGGACACACCUCCAUCAGCAUGGUCGGCAAGCCUGGCGAAUCCGCAUCGGACAAUGCGCAAGGACUCGGUGACUGGCGCAACCUCGAUCGUUCGGCAAAGCUGCCAAGACAGCUUCCCCGGAUUGGAGACGAGGACGAGUCUCCUUGGGGCAAGCCCACAAACCAGACCAAUCUCUUGGAUCGCUUCACUCGCAAAGACAAAGUACCCAUCGAGAGAAGCAAUGCGACUGGUCCGCCGCCGUCAGAAGCAUCAAAGAGCGUACCUCGUCCCUUCCUCGAGCCGACACAGGCAGAGCCGGCCAAGAAGCCCGCAAGCUCCAAGGGAGUCCGCUUCGGCGAGGAGCACGUCAUCAAACCGCUUUCCCCAAUACCGAUGUCUGAACCAUCGACUCCUCCCGUAUGGGAGAAACAAAGGUCGUCCGAGCCCGAAAAGACCGCCGCCGGGACGAAUCCACCUGAUGCUGCUGCCAGCAGUGCGACAGAGGAAGCUCCGGCACUCGACGAAACUACCGUGACGCCAACCAAACCCAAGGACAAGAUCGACUACAGCAUCGGAACGGACCCUGCUUCCAAAAAGGCGGCCAACGCCAUUAGCAGAGGACACUACGCAUCGCGACCAUCCAACACUCACGCUGCGCGCCUGCUCGCAAGUCCUAGCUGGAGAGAGAGGAACACUGCCACCAGCGAAGGCUUCCUUGCCGGCUACUUUGCCAAGUCGCGUCUCCAUCAUCUCAGCACCUGGAAGACCAGCCUGCAAGACAUGGUCAGCUCCGCCCUUCGCGAAGCAGGGCGACCGCUAGGCAGCUCUGACUUGCCCAAGGGUGUUCAGCGUGUCAUCAUGCAUAUCGACUUUGACAGCUUUUUCGUCGCCGUUGGCCUGAGGAAGCGGCCAGAUCUGCAGGACAAACCUGUGGUCGUAUGCCACGGCACCGGCUUCGGGCUCCCCGCUGCCAAGGAGGGGGACGAAAAGCGACCUGCAGACAAUCAGUCUUCGAGCACAUCCGAGAUCGCUUCCUGCAGCUACAAAGCGCGUGAAUUUGGUGUCCGCAACGGCAUGAGCCUCGGUCAGGCCAAGCGGCUUUGUCCUCAGGUCGAGACGAUCCCCUACGAUUUUGAGGCAUACGACUCGAUCAGCCUGACGUUCUACACCUUUCUGCUCGAACACUCGGAUGCGCUUCAGGCCGUAUCGGUAGACGAGGCGCUCGUUGAUGUCAGCUUGCUUCUGCAGAGUAUGCGCGACGGCGACACCACGGCCGGCUCGCUGUACGAAAAGUACCGCGACCACCUCGGCUCUCAGGGUCAGGUCUGGACAGCGGAGAAGCAGCUAGCAGAGGCAUUUCGAGACGAGAUUCGGGAGCGCUGUGGGUGCGAAGCCAGUAUUGGCAUCGGCUCUAACAUUCUCGUCGCUCGACUCGCCACUCGCAAAGCCAAACCUGGCGGGUCCUUUCAUCUUACGGAUGACGUCAAGCAGCCCUUCCUGGACGAGCUCGACGUCGAUGAUCUGCACGGCAUCGGCUGGAGCCUGCGCGACCGCAUGCGCGAGCUCUUCGAGACGGUCAAUAUUGGCGAAAUCCUGGCCAAGACGAGCGAGCGCAAGCUCGUCGCCGAGUUCGGGCCCAAGAAAGGCAAGAUGAUCUGGGACAAGAUGCACGGUGUCGAUGCCGACCGGCUCGAGGGCAACAAGCUUCGGCAAUCGGUCGGCUCGCACGUCAAUUAUGGCAUCCGCUUUUUGACCGAGCAGGAAGCCGAGAAUUUUGUGGCGGGCAUGUGCCAGGAAGUGGCGCAGCGGGCAAGGGCUGUCAAGCUGCGUGGGAGGCAGGUCUCAGUGCAAGUGAUGGUACGUGCGAAGGAAGCCCCCUUCGAAGCGCCCAAAUUCCUCGGCCAUGGCGUUUGCGAUACACACCACCGGAGCGUCCAGGUGAGCGGACCUGGAGGCGUUGCCAUUGACGAUGAGGUGCGCAUCAGGGCAGCGGCUUGGCCGCUCAUCCGAGACCUCAGAGCGGAUCCGAAGGAGCUGCGCGGGAUCGCCAUCAGUCUCAACAAGCUCGAACCUGCAGAGGGCAAUGCACUGUCUCCUGCGAAGCCCAAGGGCGGUCAGUCGGUGCUCCAGUUUGGAUCUGCUACGCGGCCAGCAAAGACGCCUUCCAUGCCGGUCGCACCAACCUACCCAGCCGACGGCGGCAAAGAAGAUGAAACAAGCGACGUCGAACAAGCCGACGAGCCUGGAGUCCACCUUCCAGCAUCGUUCGAAAAGGGUCCAGAAGCAGCAACGCCGCGACGUCCCGGUGCAUAUGACAGACUUGGGGCGACUGUGGCUCCAUCGACUGUUACUAAUGGGUUUUCGAAGCUGCCGCCAGCAACGCAAUUGAUGCUGCCCUCCAAGUCGCAAAUCGAUCCGGACGUCUUUGACGCCCUUCCAACGCAGUACCGUCGUCAAAUCGAGGCCAAGUUCGGAUCCACAUUCGACCUCGACCCGACCGAUCAUCCUGAUCUUGGCAGGAAUGCAGCAGAUCGAACGCCGAUGGCGACUCCUCUGCCAUCUCAAGGGCAGAGCGGAUCUCAAAGCAGGCCGAGGGUGCUUCCGCGCUCGACACCGACCACACCACAAAAAGCCAAGGCGGCACCCUCUGCCGCGAUGGCCGAAGCGCUUAUGCUGCCAUCUGCCUCUCAGAUCGAUCCUGCCGUCCUCGCCGAACUCCCGGACUCUGUUCGAAAGGAGAUUGAGCGUCAGGUUGGCUUCAUCUCUCACGAAGCGUCGUCUGGACCGUCUUCCGUCGAGAGCACUCCCACUUCAGCAGCUCGCAAGAAGAACGCCACCACAUCUACCCUCGCCAGCUUCCUUCGACAUGACACCAAGCUAUCUGAUCGGCGGAACGCGCUCUUUCGAUCCGUCUCUGAAUCGCCCACCAAGAAGCGGGUCGUACACAGGCUGCUGCAACAAGCAGGAAACUAUGUCGCACCCGACCAGCCCAUCGUCGAUCGCGAUGCAGUGCUAGCCAUGGAUCCAAGCAAGAUCUCGGACGACGCGCUGAUCGCUCUCGACAUCGACGCCGAAGUGUUUCGUGCCCUGCCGGUCGAGCUGCAACGAGAGAUGUUCCGGCAUCACUCGGAGCAGAAGAAGUCGGAAAAGGCGCGGUUCAAAGCGGGCAAGAGCAACACAUUUGAAGAACUGACGCUGGCCGAGCAGCGGAGGCGGGCUACGCUGCGAGCGGCGCAGAACGAGAUCGCCGCGCAAAGGCAGGUCGAGGAGCGGAUGCGGGCGCUGCACGGCGGGCCCGCAGUCAAGAAAGGAUCAGUCCUUGUUGGAGAAGGUGCAGGACUGGACGAAGAGGAAGCACGACGCAAUCCUCCGCUCUACCUCGUCGCUCGUCCAAGAUGGCGCACCCCCCGAAGCGAGUCUCGCCUCUUUGGUACCGCCGAUCAUGCAAAGGAGGUCGCAGAUACGCCAUCCAUCCGCGGACUGAGCAGCUACGCCGAUGUCGAAAAGCUCAUCCGUCAGUGGGUGACUGCGUUUGCCAAGAAGGGCCCAAGGGCGGGCGACGUCGAUCGCAUCGGCGCCUAUCUCGCUGACGUGAUCCGUGCUGCGCCCGGGAGAAGGGUCGAAGACGUGCAGAACGCGACGUCGCUCAUGGGGCACAUCGAGUCGUGUUUGGACGAUGUCCAGGGGGGUGGCACAAUCGCGGAGGAAGAGUGGGGCGCUGCCAAAGACAAGAUCGAGCGAGCUAUACAGGCGCAGGCCCGAAAGACCUUUCUUGGAGCCGAGGUGGCCAGGUGA